UCCUGCCCAUCCCUUUAAAGUAAAGUCUUCUGGGUCGGGAAGCCAGAAUAUGCCAGUGACACUUUCCAGAGGGCUACUUGCAUCUGAAGAAAGGACAAGGUGACUCUAAGACAGACGCACCCCCAAAGUGCCAUCAUCUACCAUGAGUUGCCUGAGGAUCAGUGCUGGGGUCUUCUCUUUCAUUGGUUUUGCACUGCUCCUUGCUGCCUUGGCCUCAGAAUUCUGGGUGCAAGGACAGCUUCACAUGGGACUGUGGAAAGUUUGUCGCAAUGGCUUGCCAUGUGUUUUAUUUGGGAUGGAUGUACCAGACUACAUCCAUGCCACAAGAGCCUUCAUGCUGAUGGCAGCAGUGGCUGGAGCUGUCUCCUUCUUUGGCCUUUGUUUCCUGUCCUGCUGCUCUCACGCUAAAUCCAUGGUCAAGGUAUCUGCUAUCGCCAGCUUUAUAGCAGGCCUUUGUGCUCUGAUUGCCAUGGCUACCUUUACAGGUGUAUACUCUGAGCAGUACCAAAGAAUAUUCAGGACAUGGUAUGACUGGUCUCUUGGUGUGGGAUGGGGCUCCAUUCCUUUCUUCCUCCUAGCUGGUGUGCUUGCUUCCAAAGUGCAAACUGUAACAGUGAUAUAGCAAACAGGAAAAUGAUGGUGUUAAAUUGUCAGCUGCACUAAUGCUCAGAUGCUAUUUCUGUAUUAUAUCAAUGGACAAAGUCCUGCAAACCAUGAAGAAGUAAACAUGAAUGAAGAUACAAAACCUCAGGCAAAAUUUCUGAGGAAUUCUGAAGAGUUUUAACAACAGUGGACAAGUAUCUCAGGUUUUAUAUAUGCUGAAAUAAAUCAAUAUACAAACAAAAUAAAAUGUCUCAACCUUGCUUUUGCAAAAAAGACAUCAAAAUGAUGGAUUAGAUUAUACUUUGAACAAGUGUUGUGCGUAGUUCUACCAUGAGAAAUUAUGGCUUCAUCUACAUUGUAGGAGUAAUGGAAUUUGAUAUCAUUUUAACUACCAAGGCUCAAUGUUGUAGAAUUCUGGGAUUUCUAGUUUGGUGAGACACCAGUAGUUUAUAUAACUACAAACUCACCUGUUUCAUGCUGGCUUCCCACCCUUCCUUUGACUUCAGAUUGCCUGGACAAUGACGCUGCUUUUUGGACUAUAACUUCUUCUAUUGGACUUCCAUUGACUUCGGACUGAUUUUGGACAACAGUUUUGCUUCUCAGCCUUUUGUUUGCUUGCCUAUUUUCAACUGCGUAUUUUUGGAGCGUUUUGCUCGAAUUUUUGUUUAUCCCGGAUUAUAUCCCGGUUUAAUCCGGGUUAUUUGCCAAGUUAAGUUUUUGCACUGCAAAUUGCUAGAGACUUUAAGUUGUGGCCAGGAACACUGAAGUAAGUGUUCCUGAGUCCUUUUUGUUGCCUUAAUAAACUUUGUUUUGAGUUUA